AACACUUGCAGCUGUCCUGAGAAGGCAUCUUUCUCAUGAUCGAUGGCAUCACAAGAGAAAAUCAAGCUGGUUCUGCUGGCAUGUGGCUCCUUCAACCCCAUCACAAAUAUGCAUCUGCGAAUGUUCGAACUGGCUCGCGAUCACCUUGAGGACACUGGAAGAUACAAAGUGGUGAAAGGCAUAAUCUCUCCAGUUGGAGAUGGCUAUAAAAAGAAAGGCCUGAUUGAAGCCUGUCAUCGCUUGGAGAUGGCUAGACUGGCCACGGAGAGCUCUGAAUGGAUCACGGUGGAUGACUGGGAGAGUCAACAGCCUGAGUGGGUGGAGACGGCCAAAGUUGUUCGGCAUCAUCAUGCAGUUCUUUCCAGCGAGAAUAGCAGCAACGGUGAUAAUGUGGAUACUGGGAAGUAUAGGAAGAGGAGAAAGAUGGAGAAAAAGAGCCCUUCUUGUAUGAACCCAAAAGCAGGGAUCGGCCUGUACACCCGCAAGAUCGCCCUAAAGCUAAAACAGCGUAAAGUGAUUGAGCAGCUCGGGGAUCGAUAUGUGGUCAAGACUCUCAGCACUGUCAAAAACUACACUUUCUCAUUCAGAGUCAAUGAGGAGUUUCAAGAGUUCACCAAGGGACUGGAUGACAGACACUGCAAGUCUGCGGUGUCAUGGGAGGGGAACAAGCUGGUUUGUGUUCAGAAGGGUGAGAAGAAGAACAGAGGCUGGGCACACUGGAUUGAGGAUGACAAACUUCAUUUGGAGUUGCACUGUGAAGAUCAAGUCUGCAAGCAAGUGUUCAAGCGGGUGAUCUGAGGUCCUGCUGCUGCUGCAGAUGCUUAAAAAGUGCACUGGUGUAAACAACGUUUACGCUUCAGAGUCAGAGUAAUAUGAGGCGAGGGGGGAAAUUAAAAGUUUCAACUUGUGCCUCAAAACCUGACUAGCGGCGGCCUGCACACUGAAGCUGAAUGUGUUUAGGAGCAGGAUUUGAAGUGCUUUUCCGUUAGAGGGCGCUAUAAGACCAAGAACAAACAGACUCACGUCAACAGUAGUUUACCCACAGGAAACACUGCAUGUUGACAGAAGUUGUGACACUAUUGCCUAAUCAUGUUUACAUGUAAUACAAGAGCCGCAGUCACAAACAUAUAGAGUUAUUCUAUCACCAGGAUCUGUCUAAUAAAAGAACAAGCAUCUUUUGAAUAUGAAUUUUGUAAGACACUUUUUGUUUAUUGUUUGUUAAGCUUUACUUUUGGUUAAGGCAUAGUCUAUGAUGCCUACAUAUACAUGUUGUUAAUUUGAUUACUUGAAAUCUUUUUUUUUUUUACUGUAUUUGAAAGCCUAUUAUUGUGCAAUAAAUUUUGAAACAAGUUA